UACUGGGGGCAGACUGUCGUACUGCUGGAACCGGACCGGUACUUAUGUAUUGCACGAAAACCAUCCGCUCGUACUUAUCUUCUUCCUUUCCCUUCUCAUAGCGGGAGAAUGUAUGUUUAUUCCGAGCGCGUGGCCUAGAAUCUCAACAUUUCAUCAUCUCUGCAUUCCAGCCCUCACGCUUCUUCCAUACGUCUUUCUGUACGCUAGCGUUGUCACCAAGUCGUAUAUCACUCACGAAAACCACGAGGAUGAGAUGGCACGGUAUCCAUAUGAUCGAGUGAUUUUUCAUCCAGGUCAUCGUUGCCGUACGUGUGAUUUCCUGAAACCGGCGCGAAGUAAGCACUGCAGUUUCUGCAAAGCUUGUGUUUCGCGGCACGAUCAUCACUGCGUAUGGCUGACCAACUGCGUUGGUCGGAACAACUACCAUUACUUCUUAUCUUUGUUACUAUCCUUAUCGGUGAUGUUGGCAUACGGGUCAUGCCUUGGCUUCUCUCUUGUGUCGCAAACGCUAGAGGGACUCAUACCAUCGAGCUCGCCGUUACGAUCGAAACCACAAGAUUGGACAACCUGGCUCAAUGUCUGGGCGAUAGCUAUUGCUUCUGAUAUUCGUGUUGGUGCCGUCGCCAUGCUAACAGCCAUGACAGCACCAUUGGCUAUGGCCUUUCUACUCUAUCACACCUACCUCAUCUGGGCUGGCAUGACCACAAAUGAGAGCGCAAAAUGGUCAGACUGGAAAGAGGAUGUAGCAGAUGGCCUGGUAUUUAAGUCCACCAGAAGCGAGAUUUAUGGGAACCAAUUCCACUCUGAUGAGGACACUCCGGCCCAAAGAACCUGGCCAGUGAGCAGUGACCAGAUCCUAGUAAUCACCGACGGCGAGCCCCCCAAGGAGGGCUUCCAGCUCUGCUCACGGUCGAAUGAAAUUCUUCAUAAGGAUGAUCCGCAGGCGCCAGUUGACACAAGAUGGAUUGAAGUGAACAGUAUGCGGGAGAUUGACAAUAUCUACGACUUGGGAUUUUGGGACAAUCUACGGGAGGUUUUCCAUAUGCCUAUCAGACGCCGCGUAUAAUUCUCUUCCGUGAUCACUUUAGUUCUUGUACAUACUCAUAAAAUGAUCG